UGACAGUUUCCUCUGGCCGCGGGCGCCUGCGCUCCCGUCUCCCUUCCCUGAUCAGGAGCCCGCAUUCUCGCCGCUGCCGUUUUGACUCGCGAUUCCCUGCAGCGGACGGACAUGGCGGCGCCCUGCGAAGAGCGAGCAGCUUCCGGCUCUGUGCAGACGCCGGGGUGACCGUGAGGAGGACUGCGUGAAGGCUCCCUUACUCGACGUUACCGUCGUUUUUAUUGGUGCCGCCGCGCCCUCUCUUGCCCGCACAGCCGGGCCGGGGCGGAGGCUGAUCUUCGUACACAAAGUUGUCCCGGGCAUCCUGCUCCUGUCUGGAUUUCCUGGCCUUGAACUUGUAGUCUCAAGGCAGUUUUACUGGCAUUGGAUAUCCUUUCUAUAUUUUGAAUGCUUGGUCUAAGGACAUAAAGGGAAAAGCUGAGGAUGUCCCAGUCCCAGGACAAGCCAGGAACAAGUGAAAGAAACUCAGGUGAGUCUGAAGAUGACCAGCAGGACAACUUAGACAAUCCAGAACAGUCUGUCAGAAAGAAGAUUCAAUCAAAUACCCCAAGUCUGAGCAGAGGUAACAUGUCUCAAGCUAGCCCCCCUCAGUUUGUAUCGGUGGAGAAACUGAUGGAAACAGCAAAAGGUGUAACUAACAUGGUAUUAGCCCAUGAGAUAGUUGUCAAUGGAGGCUUCCAGAUUAAGCCAGCAGAGUUACCAGAAAACAGCCUGGAAAAAAAAGUAAGAGAUAUUGUCCACAAAGCUUUUUGGGAUUGUCUGGAAGCCCAGUUAAAAGAAGACCCACCAUCGUAUGAUCAUGCAAUUAAACUUGUGGGAGAGAUCAAAGAGGCUCUUUUAUCUUUCUUGCUGCCUGGUCACACUAGAUUAAGAAAUCAGAUUACUGAAGCUCUAGAUCUGGAGCUGAUAAAACAGGAGGCGGAAAAUGGUGCCCUUGACAUUUCUAAGCUGGCAGAAUUCAUCAUUGGAAUGAUGGGAACUCUCUGUGCUCCAGCUAGAGAUGAAGAAAUUAAAAAGCUGAAAGAGAUUCGUGAAAUAGUUCCCUUGUUCAGAGCAAUUUUCUCUGUGUUGGACUUGAUGAAAAUGGAUAUGGCUAACUUUGCUGUUAGCAGCAUUAGACCACAUUUAAUGCAGCAAUCAGUUGAAUAUGAAAGGAAGAAGUUUCAGGAACUGUAUGAAAAACAGCCAAAUUCCCUGGAUUUUGUCACUGAAUGGUUGCAAGAAGCUGCUGAUGACCUGAGGUCCAAAAUACUGCCUGCUAUUGGUGACAGCUCUGAAUCUACCAGUAUAAAAUCUAUGUUGAGUUCUGUUGCUAUACAGAAUCAUGCAUACUUUAAGCUGCUCAAGUGGGAUCAUCUGCAAAAACCAUUCCCAGAGACUGUGCUAAUGGACCAAACGCGCUUUCAGGAAAUGCAACUGGAACUGGACCAGCUGAUCUUAACUGGUGCUGUUCUUCUGGUAACAUUCAGUGCAGCAGGCCCAGCCGUGCCAAGCUUGCCAGGCUUUACCAACAAGCUCAAAACCGCUAUCCGUGUGCUGCUCACUGGGUUACACUUACCUUCUUUUAACUUGACUGAAGCAUUGGCUACCAUCAGCGAAAAGGUCUGUGCUGAAGUUAAUGGUUGUCUUUCUGAACAUGCAUUCACGCCAUUCACACCUGAGAAAGAGACUGUGGUUAAAGGACAGAUCCAGGCUGUGGCCAAUCCCGACAAUUCCCUAUGCAAACUAAUAGAUUCUAGAAUACAGGUAUUUUUAGAGAACUACCUUGCUUGUGGUCAUCAGAAGUCUGUUCCUGAUAUUCCUGGUGGAUUAGGCCCUAUUCAGCGAGAGCUGGAGGAAAUUGCUGUCAAGUAUGUUCGCCUUGUUAACUACAACAAGAUGGUCUUUAGUCCUUACUAUGAUGCAGUUCUCAGCAAAAUACUGAAUGAAGAAGAAACAGCACACUUACAAGGAAAACUAGAAGAUGAUUAAUUCCAGGUUUUUGUUUUUUUUAAAAUUUUUGCCAGUAAGGCUUUAAUCCAGUGUAGUGCAAUAAAAGGUUGCAUACUCGUUCUGUUACAGUGAUAUUUCUCCCAGAAUUAUCAGGGUUGGAAACAGAUUUGGGGACGCUUAAGAUCAGUCUUGGCAUCCCCUCCUCUCCUCCUUCCAUCACAGACUGGUGUUAUUGAGGUGCCUGAGGGAAAUCUGACAUAGCAUCAAUGAAGUGGUAUGCAGACUGGGAGUAGGAAAUGCCGAGAUUACAUGUUCAGUUCUUCCUGCUCCUACCCCAUUGAUUGGUACUGCGACAAGGAGCUUUGUUCAGAAAUUCCAGCAGAGUCAUUCUACUAUUGGGACUUGGGAGUAUGCAAAAUUGUACCCCCCAUCUACACUCGCUGGUUGUUCAGGAUCCACAGGCAAGAUGUGAAAUGAGUUCCUCACUCUUGCACAAUCAUCUUUUCUGCUACAUCGGAUGCAUACAUGGAAGCCCAUUUCUGUGCAUUGAAUUGGGUUAAUUAAUCUUAUCAAUUGUUGACACCUUGCAACCUUUGGAAAAUGGCUUGUCUGCAAAUCAUUUCAGUAAUUCAGUAGCAGUGAUUGAGUUCAAAGCUGAUACAUCAGAGAAGGAUAAAGGUAAAUACACAAGCUUGAUUUUUAUUUCAAAGCAAACAGAAGAGCUGGAAGUCUUUUUAAUUUUAUUUUUAUAAUAUGAAGACAGACUGAAAUAAUACCUGGGUGUUUUAUGUUUACUAUUAAGCUAAGCAUGAACACUGGUGCAAAAGAGAUGACAACUUUUUACACUAUGGUUCUUAAAGCUUGUCUUAACAGUAACUUAAAUGUCUACAUAUUUGAAACUCGGAUCCUGGUAGUUAAAGCACUUUAGAUAUUCUGUAAGGCCAUUAUUCUUUCUGCCAGCCACACUUUUCUAUAGAUUUCUUUCUUGACUUGCAGGUAUUCUACCAAAACAUAUAUAUACAGGUAUAUUUUUGUAUUUUUUGGAUGUUUACUACAGUGUUCACAACAGUGACAAACUGUAGACUCAUGACAUUGCUUUUCUCUCUUAAGGUAUGUGGAAACGAAAACUUUUUUUUUUAUAAGGAUGGUGUUUCUUGGUUUAUUGUGGCUGGUAACAUGAAAUACUAAAUGUAGACAUGCGAACUUUACACCUAUAGAAGUUGUAUAAAUAUUUCUCCACUGAAUUUCAUUCAUUUAUGUUUUGUCAUUGAGAAGAUGGACUAAGUUUCUAGCUUGAGAAAUCCUGUUAAAUAACACAACUUCAGUCCAGGUGUUUUGUGCACAGCUGCACAUCACUAUCAGGCUGCUGUUAAUUCAGCCCCUUCACUUGUACCCCACAUAGCCACUACAAGCAGGCUUUUGGGUCUGACCCAGGCAGAAAGACCGUUUUCAAGCUUGUGUUACUCUUGUUGGAUUGGAAUGCAAGACUUUAUUUGUAUAUUAGAUACAAUAGUUUUAAAUUUAUAGGAGAAAUGAGCUAUAUUUUGAACUUUUCAUGGCGAAGAUAUCACUGGGUUUUUAAAAACGUUUCAGUUCAUGAACAUCUGUAGUAAAUUUGAAUACUGGAAAAAAAUUAACUGUUUCUUAAGUAGGCAUCCUAUAAAAUUAUUUUCAAUAUCAGAGGCCUGACUAUUAUAUAUGUUCAAAAACAUGGAAAACAAGAUCACAUGUUCAGGAAAUUGUUUUUGCUUGAAAAACAAAAACAUGAGUAGUGACUAGUUUGUCAGGGAAUAAAAUGCAAGCCUAAAAAGCAUUACCACUUUAGUCCCAUUAACCAGUACUCUAGAAUAACUAUUUUAAUUAGCUUUGACCCUGCAGAUAAGUGAACUUGACUGCAUCAACCAGGAAAAUACACUUACUGUGAUCCAGCACUUAGUUUUCAGGUGUAUGUAGCAGAUUCUCCUUGCUGUGUCUGUUUCUCCCAGAUCAUGGGAUUAGACUAGCUACCUUUACAUGGAAGUACUCUCUUUUUUGGCACUUCACCUUCAAAAUGUGAUGCCCAUGGGAUUUGAAUUUAUGGGAAAUGUCAGGCAGGUUUUUAUUUUUGAAAAAGUUCAGUAAACAUCUUUGGCAUAUCAGAAAUAUGAAACUGGUGUUUUUAACAUAGAAAACAAGCUACAAUCCAUUAAAAGCUAUCUAUAUGAAAAUACCACUGAUUCAAAUGAUGCUUAACUUUGGCUUGAUUGGUCUAGAGUUUCCAAAACAAAAUUAGUUUUCAGGUUACUGUUGCCUAAAUUAGUUUUGCUUUACAAUUAAGAUCCCACAUAUUUAAUUAAUGCAGCAACUACAAAGUAGAAAACAGGGAAAAUAAAUUCAGUGUUCUAUCAAUGUAUUAUGUGUUAUAUAUUUCCUUAAAGGCUCUUUAAGAAUGUGAAUUUGUUGCUGCUGUUUAAAUAUGUUGCUGUUGUCUAUGCUUUCCCUCCGUGUGAGAUUGUAACUCAGUUUAUCUGUAAUAAAUACCUUUUAUGUGAUCA